AUGGGAGAGAGGCAGGUGAGAAAGAGGGCAGGCAGCAGGAGGGGAAAAGAGGCAGGGAGAGAAGGAGGGGGAGGGCAGAGAGAGGCAGGGAGGGGAGGGCAGGCAGAGAAAGAGAGACAGAGGAGGAGGGCAGGCAGGGCAGGGAAAGAGAGGCAGGGAGGAAGGGGAGGGCAGGCAGGGAAAGAGAGGCAGGGAGGAAGGGAGGGCAGGCAGGAAAGAGAGGCAGGGGAGGAAGAGAGGGCAGGGAAAGAGAGAGGGAGGAAGGGAGGGGCAGGCAGGGAAAGAGAGGCAGGGGAGGAAGGGGAGGGCAGGCAGAGAAAGAGAGACAGAGGAGGAAGGGGAGGCAGGCAGGGAAAGAGAGGCAUGGGAGGACGGGGAGGGCAGGCAGGAAAAGAGAGGCAGGGGAGGAAGAGGAGGGAAGGCAGGGAAAGAAAGGAAGGGGAUGGAAAGAGAGGAGAGGCAGGGGAGGAAUGGGAUGGCAUACAGGGAACGAUAGGAAGGGGAGGGCAGGGAGGUAAGAGAGGCAGUGAAGGAAAGGGAGGGCAGGCAGGCAGGGAAGGAGAGGCAUGGGAGGAAGGGGAGGGCAGGCAGAGAAAGAGAGGCAGAGGAGGAAGAGGAGGGAAGGCAGGGAAAGAGAGACAUGGGAGGAAGAGGAGGGGGCAUGCAGAGAAAGAGAGCCAUGGGAGGAAGGGGAGGGCAGGGAUGGCAGGGAAAGAGAGGCAGGGGAGGAAGGGGAGGGCAGGCAGAGAAAGAGAGACAGAGGAGGAAGGGGAGGCAGGCAGGGAAAGAGAGGCAUGGGAGGACGGGGAGGGCAGGCAGUAA